UAAUCGUUCCGAAUGUAGAAAACAGUUACUUUGCAAAUGAGAGUUUUUUAUUUAACUAUUAUCAAUUGAGUUUAAGAAUUUGUUUUUGUUAAUGCGGAUGUGCUUGUAUUCAUACAAGUUAUUUUAGUUAAAAAUGAAACUCAGUGUUUCGCUUGAUAAAUAAAAGCAGUAACAAUGUACAUACGUCUCACACAUAACGACAUUUACGAACUAGUACUGCAUUACUUUAACAUCUGAAUUAAAGUACAGAAGUUUUUGAGCGUGGCAAGUAAAACUAGUAUCCUUAUAUCCAGAUAACAAAUAAGCGAAACUAUAAAAAGAAACAAUACCAAAUGCUGUAAAAUAAUUCGUUAGCUGCAUUUUUAACCGUGUAUGUAAUUAUUUUAGCAUUUGGAAGUGUUUUAUUUUCACAAAAACGUCAAUAAGUUAGAAGCAAAUACAAUAAUAGUCGCACAGAAUGACGGAAGAAACGGCCAUGCUUGUUUUACUGGUAGCUGUAAUGCUUGUCGGUUCAUAUAUGGCUGGUAUGAUUCCACUAGUGAUGAAAUUAAGCGAGGAAAAGCUAAAGUUUGUAACGGUUUUGGGUGCAGGUUUAUUGGUAGGUACCGCAUUGACCGUCAUUAUUCCCGAAGGAGUUCGCUCGAUGUACAUAGACCCGAAAAAAAAUAGUCUGCCAGAAACAACCACAACUGGUGAUCUCCAAUUUGAGAAGUCUGUUAUUCCUUCCACAACGGACCAUUUACACAAUGGUUACAGAGCAGAACCUGAGUUUUCCCGCACGAUUGGCUUAUCACUUGUACUGGGAUUUGUAUUUAUGAUGCUGGUUGAUCAAAUAUCGCAACACAAAAGCGUAAACAACGUAAAUGAUAAAAAUAUAACCGCGACAUUGGGCUUAGUCGUACACGCUGCUGCUGAUGGAGUGGCGUUGGGAGCUGCCGCUACCACUAGCCAUCAAGAUGUCGAAAUAAUUGUAUUUUUAGCUAUUAUGCUUCAUAAGGCGCCGGCCGCCUUUGGUCUUGUUAGUUUUCUUUUACAUGAAAAAAUUGAACGCCAACAAAUACGCAAGCACCUGCUCAUAUUUUCUCUAUCGGCCCCAUUAUUGACGCUGCUGACGUAUUUCGGCAUUGGACAGGAACAGAAAGAAACGUUAAAUACCUUAAAUGCCACCGGCAUCGCUAUGCUUUUUUCAGCUGGAACAUUUUUGUAUGUAGCAACAGUACAUGUACUGCCAGAACUCACACAAAGUUCUGGUGAUAACCGUCUACAUUUGCAUGAACAGUACGGCUACCGCCUGCUGGAUAGUGCUUUGAACGAAAUCGAAUCACAGGUUGAUUUACGUUCCUCCAAUGGGAACACUACGCGCGCCAGCUCGAAAGGAAUGCGCAUCAGUGAACUUAUAAUUUUAAUAUGUGGCGCAUUACUUCCCCUCGUUAUAACGUUCGGCCAUCAACACUCGUAAUGCUUUGUAGUUGUAAGUUUCUACAAGAAUUCAAAGCGUUUACUCCAUUUCGUACAUGUUACAUACCUACAUGUAAUGUAGAAAUGUGUUUUAGUUAACAGUGAAAUAUUUUAAAACGUUAAGUUUUCCAAAAAUUUAAAUAAACUAAAAUGAGAUAGAAUCAAAACAUA